AUGGCCCCGUUUCCGUCUUCCCUCCCGGGAGCCAAUUUCUCAUCCGCGGCGCCUCCGUCUCCUCCGCCGGAUCCUGGCGAGUUUGUGUGGUAUGGCAAUAUCCAGUACCUUCUGAAUAUCUCCGCCGUGGGCGCCGCCUUCUGCGUCCUCCUUUUCCUCCUCGUGAAGCUCCGCAGCGAUCACCGCCGCAUCCCGGGCCCCGCUGCGCUCUUCGCAAAGCUUCUAGCCGUCUACCACGCGACGGCGACGCAAAUCGCGCUCCACUGCGGCGCGGACGCCUCCCAGUUCCUCCACACCGAGCGCGGGAGCUUCGCCGUUCUCUUUUCCAUCUCCCUUGUUGCUGUCCUAGCUUCUCUUCCUCUCAACCUUUAUGGCGGCACCGCACCAAUCUCCGAUCAGUUCUCGCGGACAACCAUUAACCACAUAUCUCGUGGUUCUCCGCUCCUCUGGGUUCACUUCUUCUUGAUGGUGCUUGUCGUAGUCCUUGCACAUUUUGGGAUUUCCAAGAUCGAGGAGAAGCUCAGAAUCACGCGGUUCAGGGAUGGAAAUGGAAACCCCAGUGAUCCUAAUGCCAACUCGAUCGCGAUAUUCACGAUCAUGGUACAAGGGAUUCCGAAGUUUCUUGCCGCCGACAAGGCCACCUUGGAGGAGUAUUUCCAGCACCGCUAUCCGGGGAAGGUCUACAGGGUUGUUGUGCCAUUCGAUCUCUCUACCCUGGAUGGCCUCGUCACGAGCUGGGCUGAUGUUCAGGACAGUAUUUCCAAGCUGGAAGCUCGGAUGGACAACAGUGCCAGUCGUGACAGUGGCGAUGAUGCUGGUGAGAAUGGUUGGAAUUCUCUAUUGGCAAGGCUGAGGCGUGCCUGGGCAGUGGCUGCUGUUAGAUUUGGAUUCACUGAUGAAGAGAGGCUGAGGAAAUUGCAAAAUAUGAAAAUAAAUUUGCAGGGAAAGCUUUUGGACUACAAGGAAGGCCGGGCACAGGGUGCGGGUAUUGCUUUUGUGGUCUUCAAGGAUGUGUACACGACCAACAAGGCUGUUAGGGAUUUCAGGAGCGAGAGGAAGAAUAGACCAAUCGGUCAGUUCUUUCCCUUGAUGGAGCUUCAGCUUGAACGGAGCCGGUGGAGGGUAGAGAGAGCCCCAUCUGCUGCUGACAUAUACUGGAACAACCUGGGCUCAAGUAAACUAUUCGUCAGGCUAAGGAGAGUGGCCGUCAACACAUGCCUUCUUCUGAUGCUCCUUUUCUGCAGCUCACCUCUUGCAGUGAUCAAUGCAAUGAAGAGUGCUGCCCGGAUAAUCAAUGCUGAAGCAUUGGACCAUGCGGAGAUCUGGUUUACUUGGUUUGAGGGUUCCAGCUGGUUUGCGACAGUGAUUCUGCAGUUCCUGCCUAAUGUUCUCAUAUUCGUCAGCAUGUACAUCGUGAUCCCAUCAGCUCUGUCGUACCUCUCCAAGUUUGAGAAGCAUCUAACAGUUUCUGGGGAGCAACGGGCUGCAUUGCUUAAGAUGGUCUGCUUCUUUUUGGUGAACAUCAUCCUUUUGCGUGCUUUGGUGGAAUCGUCAUUAGAGGGUUGGAUACUUCAAAUGGGCAAAUGCUACUUAGACGGUGGGGAUUGUAAGCGGAUUGAACAGUACAUGAGUGCGUCCUUCUUGACUAGGUCGUGUCUCUCAGCACUUGCUUUCCUAAUCACAAGCACUUUCUUGGGAAUAUCAUUUGACUUAUUAGCUCCAAUUCCCUGGAUUAAGAAGGCUCUUAAGAAGUUUCGGAAGAAUGACAUGCUGCAGCUGGUCCCAGAGCAGAGUGAGGAAUAUGCUUUAGAACAAAACCACCAAGAAGACUCACUUAGGAUGCCUCUUGUACCUGAAAGAGGGAAUGGUUCGGCAAUGAAUGGGGUUGACUUGCAAGGACAGGAUCUUUCAGUUUACCCGAUCAACAGGAGCUUCCACAUGCCGAAGCAGACAUUUGACUUUGCCCAGUACUAUGCCUUUAACCUGACUAUAUUUGCGCUUACUAUGAUUUAUUCUUUGUUUGCGCCGCUUGUGGUUCCUAUUGGUGCUGCCUACUUUGGGUAUCGGUACCUUGUGGACAAAUAUAAUUUCUUGUUUGUGUACAGAGCUCGUGGCUUCCCACCCGGUAAUGAUGGGAAGCUGAUGGACAGGGUGUUGUGCAUCAUGCACUUUUGUGUCGUCAUGUUCCUAGUGUCGAUGUUGUUGUUCUUCUCUGUCCAGGGAGACUCGACAAAGCUGCAGGCGAUAUUUACACUUGGGGUGUUAUUUUUCUACAAGCUAAUUCCAUCAAGAACCGAUGGGUUUCAGCUCUCUCUCUUGGAAGGCUUGCAGGGGGUUGAUAGUUUUGUUGAUGGCCCGACUGACUAUGAGGUCUUCUCGCAACCCACUUUUGAUUGGAAUACAUAUCAGAUAUGA